AGAAGAAAGUUAAUAAAACAUAUUUCAACAAAAUGAGUGAAACGGUUGUAACAAAUGAAAUUUCUGAAAGUAAUGGCGGAACAGAACAACCGACUUACAAUGGAGAAACUGAAGAACAUGCCAACAAAUCACCAGGGAGUGCAGAAGACAAGGCACCUGAUUCAUUAUGUGAUAAUGGUAUUAAAAAAAAUACUGCCAUCAUAGGUACCGGAAAUAGUAAUGUUAAUGUUACUAAUAGAGCAAAAAAACGUAAAAAGACUCCAAGAGAUGCUACAGCUCCAAAACAACCUCUUACUGGUUACUUUAGAUUUUUAAAUGACCGGAGAGAAAAAGUAAGAAGUGAAAAUCCAACUUUAUCAUUUGCUGAAAUCACAAAACUUCUUGCUUCAGAAUGGAGUACAUUACCUACAGAUCAAAAACAGCAAUACUUAGAUGCAGCUGAACAAGAUAAAGAACGUUAUAAUCGUGAAUUUAGUGAUUAUAAGCAAACAGAGGCAUACCGUAUUUUUUCUGAGAAACAGUCUUCAGAAAAACAUACUGAAAACAAAAAAGAACGGAAUGGAACAGAUAUAAAUACUGAACAAAAUGACGUGCAACAAGACAAGGACAAUGAUUUCACUGGUUUUGAUAUUCCCAUUUUUACAGAAGAAUUUUUAGAUCACAAUAAAGCAUGCGAAGCUGAAUUAAGGCAAUUAAGAAAAGCUACAUCAGAUUACGAAGCACAAAAUGCUGUACUACAACGACAUGUGGAUAGUUUAUAUGCAGCUGUAAAUCGUUUAGAAUCUGAAACAAAUCAACAACGUACAACAAAUCAAUCAUUACAACGCCAUCUAGAUUCUUUACGUGCACAAUUAGCAGGCUGUUUUGCAACCAUUCCUUUACCAGGUACACACGAAGGUGCAACGUUACAAAAUAUUGAUAAUUAUGUUGAAAGGCUUGAGUCACUAUUGAGCAGUAAUACAGAACAAACGUUACGUAAUGCCGUUCGUAACGCUGUAUCUCGACUAGAAUUAAUUGGAUGACGAUCGCCCCCCCGCGCUACAACUACACCAUUAAAACACCAUCGUUCGAGACAUUCGCAUCGAAAAUAGCUGAAAGAAUUAUACGAACACAAAAAGUAUAUAUACUUCAGUUAAUAAUUUAGUUACUUCUUAUAACUAAUUUAUAUACUAAAUGAAAUUAUUGUAUAUUAUGUAAGAAGCAUUGUGUCGGUACUAUAGUUCACUUAUUAUUAUGGAGUCUUGCAUACGACAUUUGUCCCUCUUUUUAGGCUGAUUUUCUAUCGCUAAAAUAUGUAAACAAUUAUGUUCAGAUUGUUCUUACUUAUUUUCAUUAUUUUAACAUAAUGUAAUAAUUGCUAU